AUGCCUUGGGCUCGAACAUGGAGGUCUGGAGGCUCCAGGCUUGGCACGCUAAGUGGGCUAACCCUAAGAGAGGCGGAGCUGGGCUUUGGCGCAACGCGGACUCGAGCUGGGCCUUCACAUGGGAUGCGGGUUGCACAUGCUAGCGUUUGGAGCGAGCGGGCUAGGCAGAAGGAGUGGGCCUCGUGCACUACACGGGCCUGGGAGAGCUGGGAUGGAGUCGGUGGGCCUGGCAAACGCGUGCUGGGCUGGAGGCGCGAGCUGGGCCGUGACUGCUGCUGGGCUGUGUGUUGGAGUACCUACUGGGCUAACUCCCUUCGACUUGGGGUUGAUCCAAGCAGCUUAAAUUUUUUUUUUGUUGCUCCUGCUGCUUUUUUUUUUUCUACUCGUUAA